GCUCCCCCUGAUGGAGGAAUUCAGCACAAACGGAGAAAAAGAAGGCCAGUAAACCGCUUUCACAUCCUUGGGUUCAAGGAGAGAAGACUCGGGCCCCCCGUUGAUAGUUUUCUACUUCAGAAUCUGGGGGUGAAUUUUGGGGGUUGGAAGAGAAGGAAAGAAGGGAAUUUGGCCGUCCCGAGAGCCGGGGCUUCUUUUCUUCUGUUCUGACUUCGCGCGACGCUCUGGGCGGCGCCUGCAGCUGGGUGGACUAACACAACGCUGGCAACUGAGCCAGGGCAAGAUGUGGAUAAAUAUGAAAAGCGUAUUAUGGAUGUGUUCAACCUUAUUAGUAACCCACGCACUGCAUAAAGUGAAAAUGGAAAAAAGUGCACCUGUUAAAGGCUCUCUGUCUGGGAAAGUGAGCCUACCUUGUCAUUUUUCCACCAUGCCUACCUUACCACCCAAUUACAACACAAGUGAAUUCCUCAGAAUCAAAUGGUCUAAGAUGGAAGUGGACAAAAAUGGAAAAGACAUAAAGGAGACUACUGUCCUGGUGGCCCAAAAUGGGAAUAUCAAGAUUGGGCAGGACUACAAAGGACGAGUGUCAGUGCUUACACAUCCCGAGGAUGUGGGCGAUGCCUCCCUCACCAUGGUCAAACUCCGAGCUAGUGAUGCAGGUGUCUACCGCUGUGAUGUCAUGUAUGGGAUUGAAGACACUCAGGAUACCAUGUCACUGGCUGUGGAUGGAGUUGUGUUUCACUACAGGGCAGCGACCAGUAGAUAUACUCUGAACUUUGCAACUGCCCAACAGGCUUGUUUGGACAUUGGGGCAGUCAUAGCAACCCCAGAGCAGCUCUUUGCUGCCUAUGAAGAUGGGUUUGAGCAGUGUGAUGCAGGAUGGCUGUCUGAUCAAACUGUUAGAUACCCCAUAAGGACUCCUAGAGAAGGCUGUUAUGGAGACAUGAUGGGGAAGGAAGGAGUCAGGACCUAUGGAUUCCGCUCUCCCCAUGAAACCUAUGACGUAUAUUGUUAUGUGGACCAUCUGGAUGGCGAUGUGUUUCACAUCACUGCCCCAAAUAAGUUCACCUUUGAGGAGGCAGAAGAAGAGUGUGAAAACCAGGAUGCCAGGCUGGCGACGGUUGGGGAACUUCAUGCAGCUUGGAGGAAUGGCUUUGACCAAUGUGAUUACGGGUGGCUGUCGGAUGCCAGUGUGCGGCACCCUGUGACUGUGGCCAGGGCCCAGUGUGGAGGUGGUCUACUUGGGGUGAGAACCCUGUAUCGUUUUGAGAACCAGACAUGCUUCCCUACCCCUGAUAGCAGAUUUGAUGCCUACUGCUUUAAACCUAAACAGAAUAUAUCAGAGGCAACCACCAUCGAAAUGAAUAUCCUCGCAGAAACUGCAUCACCCAGUUUAUCCAAAGAACCAUACAUGGUACCUGACAGAGCUACACCAAUCAUUCCAUUAGUCACCGAGUUACCUAUCAUUACCACACACUUCCCUCCUGCAGGAAAUAUAGUCAAUUUUGAACAGAAAUCUGUAGUCCAGUUUCAGGCUUUCACAGACAAAUUAGACACUGAAUCACCCACACCUGCUGGGAGUACUGAGAACCACUGGGAUGUGGAUGACUACCUACCUUCUGGGUCAGGACCACUUGGAAAGCCAGAUAUAUCUGAAAUUAAAGAGGAAGGACUCCAAAGCACAACUGUCAUCUCCCAACAUGCUACCGGCUCAUGGGAUGGAAUCACAGAGGAUAUGCAGACACAUGAAUCUGUUACACAGAUUGAAGAAAUAGAAGUGGGCCCUUUAGUAACAUCCACUGAAAUCCCAAAGCACAUUUCUUCCAAGGAAUUUCAAGCAACUGAAACACCACUGGAACCCACAAAAGUGACCCUUGAACACAAACCUGAAAAGCCAACUGUAAGCACCAGUCCUGAAUUGGCAACCACAAGUCACUAUGGAUUCACCUUGAGAAAAGAGAAGAGUGAAGACAGAACACUGACAGUUAGAUCUGGUCAGAGCACCCAGGUCUUCAGCCAAAUACCUGAAGUCAUCACAGUAUCAAAGACAUCAGAAGACACUACCUUCUCCAAGCCAGGGGACUUAGAGUCCAUUUCAACAUCAACAAUAGUUUUGCCUAUAACUAUGCUUGACAUAGAUGGAUCACUCAUAGAUAAAGAGAAAGAACAAACAACUAAUGGUAAAAUGACUGAAGAUCCUUUUGUUCAAUCACAGCCUACAACUCCCUUUCCAUUACAGUAUCUUACAGAAGUAGAAUUGUCUCCCUAUUCUGGUGACAUUAUAUCAGUAGAGGGAAUAUCCACAGUUAUUUAUCCCUCAUUACAAACAGAAGGAACACAAGAAAGAAAAAGAACAGAAACACCAAGACCAGAGUUGAAAAAAGAUAUUUACACAGUUGAUGAGAUACAAGAAAAGAUCACCAAAGAUCCAUUUAUAGGUAUAACAGAGGAAGCCUUCUCUGGAAUGAAGCUCUCUCCAUCUUCCUCAGGACAAAUUCAUUUUACAGAGUCUGCAGUAGAAGACUCUGUUUCCCCCGCAUUGACCACUGGGAAGUCAAAUGUGAAGCCAACAGAAGCAAGGGAUGUAGAAGAAAUGGCAACACUGAGUAGAUUAGAAACAGAUGUUACAAAGUAUUACAAAGAUGUGACAAAAGCCCAUUUGACAGACAGUACUUUCAACAUGGAAGUGGUCACAGUAUCAAAAUGGUCAUUGGAUGAAGAUAAUUCAACUUCAAAGCCCGUAGCCUCAACAGAAUUUGUUGGCUCUACAAAAUUGUCCCCUGUCUUACUUACCACUCUAGGAAAAAAUGGAAAGGAUAAAGAAACUCCAAGUUUCCCAGAUGUAGGAGACCAAUAUACUUUUUCCCCAGAUAGUACACAAAAACCAUUAGAAAAGGUUUCUGAGGAAGAUUUAACAUCAGGAGAAUUUACAGUUACAUCUCAGUCAGCUACAUCAGUUGGAAUUUCAGAAAAGUCAACUUUGAGAGAGUCUACAACCGAAGAUGGCAUUUUGCCCACCACAGGCACAGAAGACCAAGACGCUAAUGCAACUGUGGAAGGAAGUGCUUUGGGCGAAGAUACAGAUGCAUCCAAACCACUAUUUACUGUCCCCCCAUUUGCACACACCUCUGAUGUGGAAGGAUUGGCAUUUGUUAAUUAUAGUAGCACCCAGGAGUCCACUACGUAUGUAGAUAUGCCCCACACUACUCCUCUUUCUGUAAUCCCCAAGACAGAAUGGAGUGUGUUGGAAUCUUCUGUUCCACUGGAAUAUGAGGUUCUAAGCAAAUCUGAUCAAGAUCUCAUUGAACAGACUCACCUAGCAGCAACCAUGUCUCCUGAAGCUUUGACAACAGGAAUCAUACAGGGAGAAACCCAGGAAAAACCACAAACCACAGGGAGCUCAUUUCCUGUUCUCAGUUCUACUGCACUAAUGACCAAUGAGACCACAGCAUUUAAAGAAGAGGGGGAGGGAUCAACAUAUACUAUCUCUGAAGACAAAUGGGUGACAGGUUUUGAGAAAGUUCCAGUUUUAGAAACAACUCCAAUUGGAACAAUUGUCCAUGGUACAUCUUAUCCACCUGCUACAAAAACGCAGCACGAAGUGGAAAUGGAGACAAUGGUAACACUAACAUCAACCAUUAGGCCAAAAGCAGUUGUAAGUACGGAGGCAGAAUUAACAUAUGAAGCAGAAGGUAGUAGUUUAACAGAAUUUGCAUCAACUUUGAGACCCUUCAGGACUCAAGUCACACAGCUUAUGGAGGAAACUACAGAGGAACGAAAGAAGCCAUUCCUAGACUACACAGAUUUAGGCUCAGGAUUAUUUGAAAGACCCAGAGCCACGGAACUCCCAGAAUUUCCAGUCGUUCCAAGUGACAUCAGUGCCUUCACGUCCGUAGACAGCCUUCACAGAACUCCACCAUUCAGGCCCUCUUCACCCUUCACCAAAGAACCAGCUGUUGUUGAGGAGGAGCCCAGUGAGAAUAUGACCAGUGACAUUAUACUUCCUAGAGAGUCUAUAACAGAGCAGCCUCCCCCAGCUCUCACUGAUAUCAUAGCUAAGGAAACGGAAACUGAUAUUGAUGAAGAGUAUCACAUGACCUCAAGGCCUCCUAUAACACAGCGGACAAGACCAUCCACUGUGGAAAGAAAAACGACCCCCAAACCUCAGGCAUUGUCUACUUCGCCACCCCAAGCAGGGACAAAAUCCCGCCCUGACAUAAAUGUUUAUAUUAUUGAGGUCAGAGAAAACAAGACAGGUCGAAUGAGUGAUAUGGUUGUGAAUGGUCAUCCAAUAGAUUCAGAGCCUAAAGAAGAUGAACCAUGUAGUGAAGAAACAGAUCCAUUGCAUGAUCUGUUUGCUGAAAUUUUACCUGAAUUACCAGAUUCCUUUGAAAUAGACAUAUAUCACACUGAGGAAGAUGAAGAAGGAGAUGAGGACUGUGCAAAUGCAACUGAUGUCACAACGACUCCCUCUGUGCAGUACAUCAAUGGGAAGCAUCUUGUCACCACGGUGCCCAAGGACCCAGAAGCUGCAGAAGCUAGGCGUGGCCAGUAUGAAAGUGUUGCACCUUCUCAUAAUUUCUCAGACAGUUCUGCAGUUGACACCCAUCAGUUUAUAAUAGCUGAAACAGAAUUAUCAACUGCCAUGCAAUUUAACAAAUCCAAAGAAGGCACCGAAUUGCUAGAAAUCACGUGGAAACCCGAGACUUACCCUGAAACACCUGAACACUUUUCAAGUGGUGAGCUUGAUAUUUUACCUACAAUCUCAUCCCAUGAGGGUAAAAAUACCAAAUGGACAGAGUCCAUCACAGAGAGCAGUCCAAACCCGGAGAUUCUAGAGCGCCAAGAGCCUAAGCCUAUACUUUUGUCUCCUGAAGAGUACUCAGGAGAGGGUGCCAAUGACCAAGCAUCUCAAAAAACAGUCUUCUCUGGGGCUACAGAAGUAGAAUUCAGCAAAGAGGAGGAACAACAUCCUACCAUAUCUACCUCUAAUAUACUUUCAAGAUCUGUGUCAGUAAAUGCUUUGGAAGAAGAACCAAUUACCCUAACAAGAAUCCCACAGGCUGAUGACUCUUUGUCUACUGCGGAAAGCUGGGUAGAGACAACGCCUAGACAACCUGUAGAGUUCUCAGGGAGUUUUUCAGCCCCUGUUAUUGAAGGGUCUGGGGAAGUGGAAGACUAUAAAAAUAAAAUCUUCACCAUGGUAACUGAUUUACCACAGGGAAAUCCUACAGAUACACUCAUCCCUUUGGAUAUGAGCAAGGUAAUGAUCACAGACAGCCAUUUAUAUAGUCCUGAAACCACCACUCCUUUGCAUUCAGAGCUAUCUUCUACAGAUGGAAGGCCUACACAAUUUGUAAUUCAAACAGAUGCUUCUGAGUGGGUUUCCAGUAUAUCUUUUGAAGGAAGGAAAAGGGAAGAAGAUGAAGAGAAAACUACAACUGCAGGUCCCAUCAUUGAAGUCCAAUCUCCAACACAGAGGUCAGAUAACUUAAUUGUAUCUCCAGUAUUAGAAAGCUCAAAUGUAGCUGUGUCUAGGGAUUCAGUUACCUGGGAAAGUUUUAUGCCAGAGACAACGCCCACAUUGUCAGAAAAGGAAAUGGCAAAUUCCACUCUUGUUUCUAGAGAAACAAAUGAUUUGAUCAAUUUGGAGGCACAGCCCUUUAAACAUAGUACCAGUCAGCCCCAGAUCCAGGAAACGCUGCCUACUCUCUCAGGAUGGCUCCCCUCUCAUUCUAUGGAACAGGGCUCAGGAGAUAUUGGAGCUGGUCCAGAAUCCAUGACUGCUUCAUUUUUAUUGAAUUUGGAGUCUGAAACCCAAGUGAAAAAAGAAUUACCUAGUGUUCUGCCUCCCAGUGUGGAAGCUUCAUUUCCCUCUGAGGCAACAGGAUUCUCUCUGAGUACUGUAUUGGACAGAGUUGCUGAAGUUAUGAACCAGGCAUCUAAGGAAAUAUCGACUUCAGAAGUAUCAGGAAAGCCAACCCCCCAGGCAGAAGUAAGGAAUUUUUCUACAGGUUUUCCCUUGGAAGAUGAUUUCAGUGGUGACUUUAGUGAAUUUUCAACAGUGUCUUAUCCAGUAAUGAAAAAGGAAAGAGUGGAGACGGGAGUCUCUGAGAACGAACAAGUUAGGGAUAUGCAGACUUCAUCAUCUAUACCACCUACCUCAGAUGACAUCAACUUCAUUCCUGCCUCAAAUGAACUCACCAGUACUAUGGCCAGCACCUCAGCCUUGCCCUGGGAAGAGUUCAUGGCCUCAGCUGAGGGCUCAGGUGAGCAGCUGGCCUCAGUCAGGAGUUCUAUUGGUCCCGUCCUUCCCCUUGCUGUGGACAUUUUUUCUGGUACAGAGUCUCCAUAUUUCAAUGAAGGGGUUCAAGAAGUGGGUACUGUGAUGGAAGCAGAUGAAAGAUCCAUUGUUUUGCCAACAGCAGAUACUGGAAAUAGUGCAGAUCUGACAGAAAAUGGGGACAUAAAGAUAAAUGGCACAAUUUCAGUGGAACUUCCCCAAACAAUGGAGCCAGCCAAAUUAUGGUCUAAACAGGAAGUCAAUACUAUAGAACAAGCAAUUGAAAGUGAAAUGGCAUCCAAGGAAAAAGUGCAAGAACAAAAGACUUUUGAAUCUCUCCACAGUUCUCUUGCACCAGAACAAAUAAUUUUGGAAUCCCAAAUACUAAUCGAAACUAAACUCCAAACUUCAGAUUACUCUAUGUUAACAACAAUGAAAACACCCACUAGUAAGGAAAUGGAGGAGGAAGACAUGGCCAUAGCUCAUAGGACUACUCUAGAUCCAGAGAUAAAAGGUUCAGAGUCAUAUAUUAUUAAUCCUGAAGCCACAGAGAAGCUACAUUCUUUCCCAGCUACUGCUUUAGUGACUGAAUCUGUACCAGCUUCAAGUGUAGUCAUGGAUACCUCAACUCAAGAGGAAGAAAGUAUACAAGUCUUCGAAAAGGAUAUGAAACAAACAUUUAAAGAGUCAAGCCCUGAUGUCUCAUUCUCUGGACUGGGAUCAGGGGAUGCCUUGUCUCCUCUACCUACAACAUCAGUGAGUUUGACUGAAAUGGAGCAGAUCAUUAGCACAUUGUAUCCUGAGACAUCUCACAUGGAUAGUUUAGAAACAAACAUUUUAAGUGAUAAAGUGGAAGAUGAUGAAAGAAUACAAAAUGGGUCAGAUGAAGUCAGAACACUCAUUUCCAAAACAGACAACAUCUCUCAAGAUAAUAAGGAAACACCCAACACAACUCUGAGUGAUGCUAGAAUAGAAGGACCUACUACUUCCCCUCUUCCUUUCACCAAACACAUGGACAUGAGGCAUUCUCCAAAUCAGACCUUCAGAUGGGAACAGAAAAUCCAGUCACCAAGACCACAAACUGUGACUGAACAGAUCUCUAGUGAGAAUCCUUCAACAUUAGAACCUGAAGCAGCAGCAACCUCUUCCACUAUUUUUCUGGAUCAAACUUACAGUAUCGAAAUGACCAAAGCAUUUGUUGCAUCAGCAUCAAAACAACCUGAUUUCUUUUAUGCAAAUUCUGGAGAAGGAUCUGGAGAAGUGGAUCCUCUUGAUUUAAUGUACACCUCUGGACCUACUCAGGCAACCGAUCAAGGAGACAGCACAUUUACUUCUGAUGAAUUCCUGGAAAAGCAUUCAGUGGCGUCAAGAAAUGAGGCCAGAUCUACUGAUGGACCAACAUCCUCAGCAAUGGUACUGCAUUACUCAGAGUACAGUGAGAGCUCCCUGUAUCCAACUAGCACACUUCCAAGCACAGUGCUAUAUGAGAGUGCCACAGAAGGUAUUGCAGAUGGCCUGCAAGACCACAUCAGAUUUGAAGGUUCUGCCUUGAAACCUAACGGAAGAAAAACCACUGAAAACAUUAUUAUAGAUCUAGACAAAGAGGAUAGUAAGGAUUUAGGAUUGACAAUUACUGAGAGUGCUGUUGUUGAAAUUCUCCCUGAGCUGACAUCAGAUAAAAACAUUAUUAUAGACAUUGAUCACACUACACCUGUAUAUGAGUACAUCCCUGGAAUACAAACAGACUUAGAUCCAGAGAUGCCAUUGGGAUCACAUGGCAGUAAUGAAGAAAGCCUUCAAGUUCAAGAGAAGUAUGAGGCCGCUGUUAACCUUUCUACAACUGAGGAAGCAGUUGAGGGCUCUGGCAACGCACUUCUUACUGGCUACACUCAAGCAAUGAAAGAGUCUGUAAGUUCUGAGGCUGGAAAGCAGGCAGAGCAUGCAAGCUUUAACUUUGUAACUGGAAUCCCAGUUCCUAAUGUAGAAACAGAAUUAGAUACUUUGUUUCCCACAGUGUCAACCCUGCACAUUCCUAGUAAGCUAACCACAGUUAGUUCAGAAGUUGAAAAACCCAAAAUUGAAGCAGUAUCUCUGGAUGAUAUAUUUGAAUCAAGCACCUUGUCUGACAGUCAAGCUAUUGCAGACCAAAGUGAAGUACUGGGACAUUUAGAAAGGAAACAGGAAGAAUUUGAAGUAAAGAAACAUGGAGGUCCUUCUUUCCAGCCAGAGUUCUUUUCAGGAGCGGGGGAGCCACUGACAGGUCCCCCUGCUUAUGUAAGUAUUGGUAGUACCCGCAUUGUGGCUCAGCAUUUGACAAAAAUCCCUGAUUUGACAGGAGAGCCUGACUCCACACAUUACACUGAAACAGCAUCUGCAGUUUUCUCUCUGGCAGAGUUGUCUUCCCAGACACCCCCUUCUCCCUUCCCUAUCUACAUAGACAGUGGAGUCUCUGAAUACCCAGUGAUUCCCCACACAAGUGCUCAGCAGGAUCCUAGUGCUGCCUCAUCACAAAGACUUGUAGAUGGCAAUUUUAAGGAAGUCCGUGCUAAUAUGGAAGCUACCAUCGAGCCAUCUGGUGAAGAUGUCCACAGAGCCGAACCUCCAUUUUUGUUUCCUGAGCCUACAUUAGAUAUUUCAGAAGAUGAAAAUAAACUUCAAUUAUUAGAAGAACUAGAAACUUCUCCCACAGAACUAAUUGUUGAAGAAGAAACUGAGACAUUCCAAGAUUCCCCAAACAAAGCCAAUGAUCAACUUGUAGGAGAAACAAUUGGAAUGCCCCCCAGUGUCAGAACACUGGAGAGUGGACCUGUCCUUACAGCUGCAGGUGACAUUGAUUUAGUAGGUGCUACACAGGGGCCACAUUCUACUUCUGCUUCUGUGGCUUUCAGGGUUGAGACAGGUGUGGUUCCUCAGCCCAUCCCACAGAAGCCUGAAGAGCCUACCUUUCCUUCCUUGGAAAUUAACCAUGAAACACACACACCUUUAAUUGGAGAAGACUCCAUAAUAGCAGCAUCUGAAAAACAAGUGUCAAAAAGAAUUCUUGAUCACAGUAAUCAGGCAACAGUCAGCACCCUGGAGCUGAAUACUGCACAUUCAAUACCACCAUUUCCCAUUCUGGACAAUUCUAAUGAAACUGCUUUCCUGAUUGGCAUUAAUGAAGAGUCCGUGGAAGGCACAGCAGUUUAUCUACCAGGACCUGAUCACUGCAAAACAAACCCAUGCCUCAAUGGAGGUACCUGCUAUCCUACAGAGACUUCCUAUGUGUGCACCUGUGUACCUGGAUUCAGUGGAGACCAGUGUGAACUGGAUUUUGAUGAAUGUCAUUCUAACCCUUGUCGAAAUGGAGCCACGUGUGUGGAUGGUUUUAAUACAUUUAGGUGCCUUUGCCUUCCAAGUUACACUGGUGCUCUCUGUGAACAAGACACCGAGACUUGUGACUACGGCUGGCAUAAAUUCCAAGGACAGUGCUACAAGUACUUUGCUCACCGCCGCACAUGGGAUGCUGCUGAAAGGGAGUGUCGUCUGCAGGGUGCCCAUCUCACAAGCAUCCUGUCUCACGAGGAACAAAUAUUUGUGAAUCGUGUGGGUCAUGAUUACCAGUGGAUAGGCCUCAAUGACAAGAUGUUUGAACAUGACUUCCGUUGGACUGAUGGCAGCGCACUGCAAUAUGAGAACUGGAGACCCAACCAGCCAGACAGCUUCUUCUCUGCCGGAGAAGACUGUGUUGUGAUCAUUUGGCAUGAGAACGGCCAGUGGAAUGAUGUUCCCUGUAAUUACCAUCUCACCUACACUUGCAAGAAGGGAACAGUUGCUUGCGGCCAGCCCCCUGUUGUAGAAAAUGCCAAGACCUUUGGAAAGAUGAAACCACGUUAUGAAAUCAACUCCUUGAUUAGAUAUCACUGCAAAGAUGGUUUCAUUCAGCGUCACCUUCCAACUAUCCGGUGUCUAGGAAAUGGGAGAUGGGCUAUGCCUAAAAUAACCUGCAUGAACCCAUCUGAAUACCAAAGGACUUAUUCUAAGAAAUACUUAAAAAAUUCCUCAUCAGCAAAGGACAAUUCCAUAAACACAUCAAAGCAUGAACAUCGCUGGAGCGGGAGGUGGCAGGAGUCAAGGCGCUGAUCCGUAAAAUGGCGACCACGUGCUUCAUCAUUCAGCCAAAGUCCUGACCUUCCGUGCCUUUCUUAGCUCCUGAAGAAGUAUUCGAAGUUGGUUUGAAUUUGGGGACUGCCGUCUCAUCAUUUGGGGUUGCUGUGCUCUUAAAAUCUUUUUAAUGAAACAUGGAAUUCAAAGAAAAAAGCGAAUAAAAUGAAAGAAAAUGAGUGAAGAAAGUACCCAUUUCCAGCCUACCUAAUUUCUUUAGUUCCCUCUGCCUGCAGUGCAGACUGUUUCCUGUAUGCCAGCCUACUGUACUAUUUAAAAAAGAAAAAAAAUUGCAAUUUCAGCACCGAAGGCCAUGUAAAUAAGAUGGUUUAAUGUUGAUUUUAAUCCUGUAUAUAAAAUAAAAUGUCACACCGAGUUUGGGCAUAUUUAAUGAUGAUUAUGGAGCUUUCUAUGUCUUUAAUCAUUGGUUUGGCUGCUUUGCUAUAGCUUGUUUAGGCUGGAAAUGGUUUUUGUCUGCCCAUUUACUGUCAGCAAGUUUGAGGACGGCUUUCCUGGACAACCAGCAAACAAAAUCUUGCGAUUCUCUGUCCCCAUGGCAGCUCCGGAGCUGUGCUUGUCCGAGCUGAUGCCUGGCGGAUGGGAGACUGAUGAAACUCAGAGCGGCAGGGUGUAGCCCUGCUUUGCCACGUUCCUUUUUCUUCACUUAUGAGAAGGGCUUGAAUGGAGGACUUUUCUAUGACCUGGAACUGUUUUAGGGGUCAAAGUGCUAAUUAUUAACUCAACCAAGAUUCCUUUAUAAUGGCUUUCUUAACACUAACGCUGGUAAAGAAAUGGAUCAAGGCAUUUGGAAUGGAUGUAGACCAAGGGUUUACACCUUGUUGUGGAGGGUGGGGGUGCUUUUAAACAAAAACACGUGUGCAAAAAAAAAAAAAGAAGAAUCAAAACCCUCCAUUCUGUACAUAUAACCAUUUUAAUCCUUUAUACAAUUUUUGAAUGUUCAUGUAUGAAUGCUGCAGCUAUGAAGCACACCUAAAUAAAUGAAGUAAGCCAUAUGGAUUUAA